CACCGGAACAAGAGUGUAAACAGAUGCAUUUAUUGUGUUUUUAUGACAAUAUCCCACAAGUUUGAAAUGAGACAGCACAGCGCAGCCCUGGCUCGGAUGCUACGGCUUGUCUGUGAUGUUUUCAGUCGUUGGAACACGCAUGCGUGAAGUGUGCCAAUAUGGAAAGAAGGAAAUAACACCUAAAAGAAGAAAGAGAAGACGUUGCAUUGCUGAGGAGUCUUCAGUCUGUAACUCCGGCUGAGGAUCAGCACAUCCGGAGAGAGUCCCAGAGAGAGUCAGAGGGAGUGAGAGCGUGGAGGGAGGGGGUUCUGCUCAGGAUGGCAUUCCUCGACAACCCCGGCAUCAUCCUGGCCCACAUCCGGCAGUCCCACGUGACCAGUGAUGACACGGGGAUGUGCGAGAUGGUCCUCAUCGACCAUGAUGUGGAUCUGGAGAAGUGCCACUCGUCUGCUGCGUCCGUUGGUGGCGGGUCAUCUGGAGGUUCCUUUGGAGACGGCAGCAGUGGAGGAGACGGGCAGACCAGUGACCUUUCUCAGUCUGUCGACAUCACCUCCAGCUGGGACUUUGGCAUUCGACGGCGCUCCAACACAGCUCAAAGACUGGAGCGUCUGCGGAAAGAGCGACAGAACCAGAUCAAGUGUAAAAACAUCCAAUGGAAAGAGAGAAGCUCGUCUCAAUCAGCAGAUGAUUUGGGUUCGCUUUUUGAAAAGAAGGAUUUUAAGGACCGGCCCCGGAGCACAGGCAGUAAAUCAACGCUUUCGCUGCGGUUAGAACAGUGUCCUCAACAGCUUAACAACCCCUUCAAUGAGUACUCCAAAUUUGAUGGCAAGGGCCAUGUUGGUACAACAGCAACCAAAAAAAUUGACGUCUACCUCUCAAUGCAGUCGACCCAAGAAAAGCUGCACCCUAUGACGGUGGUCACGAUGGCUAACGCUAGGGUCCACGAUCUCAUCGGGCUCAUCUGCUGGCAGUACACCUGUGAGGGCCGUGAACCCAAGCUCACAGAAAAUGUCAACACUUACUGCCUGCACAUCGCUGAGGAUGACGGAGAGGUGGACACAGACUUCCCUCCUCUCGACUCAAACGAGCCCAUCCACAAGUUUGGCUUCAGCACACUGGCUCUGGUGGAGAAAUAUUCCUCUCCUGGACCGGGGCCCAAACAGUCACUCUUUGUUCGAAUAAAUGCGGCUCAUGGUUUCUCCCUGAUCCCAGUGGACAGCCUGAAAGUGACCAUGAGGGAAAUUCUACAGAAGGCUCUUAAAAAGAGGAAGGGCUCCCAGAAAGGGUCAGGUCCCACGUAUCGUCUGGAGAAGCAAACUGAACCGAACUUGGCAGUAGAUCUGGACAGCACGCUGGAGAACCAGGGAACACUGGAAUUCUGCUUGGUCAGGGAAAACAGUUCUAGAGGUGAGGAGAGCUCCGAGGAGGACCCGCCCAUAGACAUCACAACGGUACAGGACAUGUUGAGCAGCCACCACUACAAGUCCUUCAAGAUCAGCAUGAUCCACAAGCUCCGAUUCACCACUGACGUACAGCUAGGUAUUUCCGGUGAAAAGGUAGAGAUCGAUCCAGUCACCAAUCAGAAGACGAGUACGAAAUUCUGGAUUCGACAGAAGCCGAUCUCCAUUGACUCUGACCUGCUGUGUGCCUGCGACCUGGUGGAGGAGAAGAGUCCAAGUCAUGCAAUAUUUAAGCUGACAUAUCUUAGCAACCAUGACUACAAAGCGCUGUACUUUGAAUGUGACGCUGCUACUGUCAACGAGAUUGUGCUCAAGGUGAACUACAUCCUGGAGUCUCGUGCCAGCACUUCAAGGGCAGAUUACUUCGCCCAGAAACAACGCAAACUGAACCGCCGUACUAGCUUCAGUUUCCAGAAAGACAAGAAGUCGGGCCAGUAGCACACUGGUGACCAAACCAAUCAGUAGUCUCUGAACCAACCAGAGCGCGAGAUGGGCCUGCGAGAAAAGAGGCAAAGAGAGAGAGGGAAAAUCUGGGGGAAAUAUAAAGGAUAGAGGAGGGAAUGACUAGGUUAGUAAGAAAGAAAAGAUCAAAAGUGAAAGAAUAUGGGACAGAUUGGAGGAAAAGUGAUUAGACAUUUGUUGUCUCAUCUGAAUAGUUUUCAGCCUCUGAAGGUUGGCCUUUAACUGGACUGACAGUCCUUAAUCAUAUCAGAGCGUUUGUGCUCUUUGCUGUCACUCGAAUGUACUAGCAAGACCAACCAACAAUCUAAUUGAACAAUUAUAUUAACGUUUGAAGCCACAGCCAUCGGCCAGAACAUACAGAAGCACUGAGUUCUGGAGCCCAAAACUGAGAACUUGACACGCUGCUGUUUGCGUCAGUUAUUUACAAAGACUAUUUUUUUUCCACUGCCUACAAAUGAACUGUAAAUAAAUGCACACCAAACGAACGCAGAUGGACAUCGGAACCUUAAAAGCCGGACAGAGCAAGCAAACUGCAUUAGCUAUCCCAUAUAACUGCUGUAUCAAAGAUGUUAACUUAAUCCGCUUUAAACACUGACAUGCAAAGGGAUCGCAUUGGUUUUUUUAACAAAAAUGUAAAUAGUGACCACAUUCAGGGUGGUUUGACAAACCCUCUUUGGCCAUAGUACUUCAGUGCCUGCUACAGAACAAUAGGACAAAUGUUGCAUUCAUCGAGAUUUAAAGCGUCUGCUGGUUUUGUUGAGGAAAAGCCGCCAAACUCUUGUUGCCAACAGAGGGGUCUGGUAGGUUAAAAAGUAGUUGACCUAAAAAGACUUUUCUGUCAUGGUUUACUCACAGCUAUGUUUUUCAAAACCUGUAUGACUUUUUUUUUUUCUAUCGAACACAAAAUAAGUUAUUUAUAUAUGAUAUAAUGUCCAAGCUGCUCUUUUCCAUACAAAGAAAGGAAAUUGUGACCAAAGUUGUCAUUCAAGAUUUUCAUUGAAUACGGCUUAAAUUUCAGUCUGUUCCUCACACAAAGCCAUCGUAUGGCUUCAGAAGACUUGGAAUAUAGUGUCGUAUGGACUUCUUAUAUGAAGCUUUUAUGGUGCUUUUUUGUCCUUUUUGGAGCUUGACAGCCCCUGAUCAACAUCCAUUUUUAUUAGAUGGAAGAAAGCAGCGUAAACAUUCUUCAAAAAUUCUCCCUCUGUGUUAAAGGAUUAGUUCACCCAAAAAUGAAAAUUCAGUCAUUGUUUAAUCACCCUUGGGUU